AUGCUGCUCGAACAGAGGACGGCAGCCCUCGCGCUGCUGCUGGCCUGCGCCGGCACCAGCCAGGCGCAACGACAUGGAAACAAGGUGGCGCUGCCCGAGAACCCGCACACGGAGCCGCUCUACCGGGACAUAAUCGGCUACUCGGUCGAGCCGGUGUGGGUGAACGACUUCAUCAGCACGGACCUGAUGGCGACGCUGUUCAAGUCCAUCACGGGCCUGACGGGCCACCCGCCGCCGAUCCGCGUGGGCGGCAACACUGCCGACAACACCACGCUGGUGGACGACGGCGUGCUCAACACCACGGCCGUGGCCAUCCCGACGCCGCUCACCGCGAGGCGGUUCAACAUCAGCCGGUCCUGGUUCAAGGCCUGGGGCGACUACUUCGACCCGCGCACCAACCUCACCUACACGCUCAACAUGCACGAGAACCAGAGCGACUGGGCCACGGCGCGAGCCCAGGCCGAGGCCGCGUGGCGCGGGCUGGGCACCAAGCUCGUCCGGUUCGAGCUCGGCAACGAGAUCGACCACUUCAUCAACAAGGGCUGGCGCAACUCGUCGUGGGGGGUCGUCAACUACGUCAAGGAGUUCCGGCACGUCACCUCCAUGGUGCGCGAGUCCCAGUGGUUCCGCGAAGCCGGCGACAAGGCCCCCAAGUGGGUGGCCGCCUCGUUCGCCGACCCGCCCUGGGUGCCGGACCAGCAGGACCAGCUGGACGACAUGGACAUCAUCAACGUGACGACGCGGGCCGGGCUCGUCAACGAGGCCCCCCGCGGGGGCCUGAACAUUGACAGCUUCGUCGUGCACAUGUACCCCAUGUCGACGUGCGACCCGGCCCGCUGGCACCGCAUGCGCCUGGACCUGCUGUCCAACCACACCACCGUCUGGCUCAACACGUCGCAGCUGGCGCCGCAGGUCGAGGCGUCCCGCAAGGUCGGCGGCGCCCCGCUCGUCAUGGGCGAGACCAACUCCAUCAGCUGCAGCGGCCGCAGCGGCAUCAGCGACACGCUCGGCGGCGCGCUCUGGAACGUCGACUACUCGCUCACGCUGGCCGCGCUCGGCAUCAGCCACGUCUACUACCACCUGGGCGCCAUGAGCGAGUACUCGUCCUUCGUGCCUAGGGACUAUUACUUCAAGAACGAGUCCCUCACCAUGGGCAUCCGCCCGGGCUGGUACGCCCACUACUUUGUCGCCCACGUCGUCAAGCAGCAGCCGGGGAGCCAGGGGCAGCAGCUGGAGAUCGCGGCGCUGCCUGGCGCCAACUCGAGCGACCUGAGCGGCUUUGGCGUCUACGGGCGUAGCAGCAGCAACUCAGCCAAGCGGCUCCGCAAGCUCGUCUUCCUCGACAUGGGCGUGUGGAACGGCACCGAGGGCCUCAGCAACCCGUCGACCAUCUCGACGGCCGACAACGUCGACCCGGCCUUCCACAGCAAGGGCGACCGGCCGCGCGCCAGCAUGACGGUGGCCGCCACGCCGUGGUGCGAGGGCGCCGAGGUGGCCGUGGUGCGCAUGACGGGGCCGGGAAGCAACGCGAAGUCGGGCGUGCGCGUCUCGGGCGUCUCGUUCGACGAGAGGACCGGCGCACAGGUCGGCUCGCCCCGGCGCGAGGUCGUCAGGGUCGGCAAGGGCGGCAACGUCGAGUUCCCGAUCCAGAUGGCCGAGGCCGUGCUCCUCGAGGUCGCCGGCGACGGGCGGUGCGGGAACGGGACGGGCGCGGGCGGUCCUGUUCAGGGAGCUGCUUCGGCGGUUGUGUCGGUCACCUCGUCCGUGAUGACCGUGUUUGCGCUUGCGGCUUUGGCGGCCCUGUACUAG